AUGGCUUCUAUACUUGGUCUCUCCGCCGAGAUCACGGAACUGGUGCUUAGGAACCUCCCACCGCGGGAUCUUCUUUCUCUUCGGCAAACGUGCACAGAACUGUGUGCCAGAGCAGCACCUCGAUUUUCCCGCCAUUACUUCCAGACGCGCUAUGUCAUGUUGGAAAGACGAAGCCUGGAUACUCUUGUCGAGAUCUCAAAGCAUCGAACUCUCGGUCCUGCCAUUACGACAUUGGAAAUAUGUGUAUACCACCUCCUCCCACUGGAAGAGUUGCCAAGAAUCAAACCUCCCUAUAGCGAAUUUGAGGAGAUGAUACAGACCAUAUCGCCUAGCCAAUAUGAGGGACUCAUGACGUCCGAGCACGGCGAUACCGAGUUUCGAGCUAGGACAUCAUUCUUACGAUCUUCUUCCCCCAACCAUCAUGAUGACAACAAUCAUCAUCUCGGCCAGCUUCGUAGAGAAGCAUACCUCACACACUUGGCAGAUCAGGAUCAAGUCGUCGGGACAGAUUAUGCCAUCGAGUGCCUGAAGCAAGCUAUGGAAAAUCUUCAUCAUUGCAAGAACGUCAUCAUCGAUGAUGACAAUCGCGCGUGGGGCCUACGUUCUCUGAAACAAUCCAUCGGUGUCUUUCCGCAGAGGACAUUGACAUCUGCUUCAACUCGCAGCAUCCAUCUCCUUCGCUACAUAUUAUGUGCCGUCCUUACCGCCUUGGCCGCUAGCAAACUGGAGAUCGCGGACCUAGACAUCAGUAUCGGAUGCUCGAUGGAAAACGGCAAUCGAAUAAGUCCUUAUAUGCUUCCCACUCUAUUGCCAUCCCCUAUCACUAGCCUCCGUCAACUUCACAUCGUGCUUGACCCGGCUGUCACCAACGUUGACGGUCGCUUACCUUGGGGUUCUGGCCUCGUUCGAUUCCUCCGGUUGUUUCCAGAGCUUUCCCAGUUUUCUCUCGAUUUCGAAUACCGUGAUGAGCAGAAUCGCUUCUCAGAGGUCGCUGCGAUGCUGCACAUACCAAAACUGGAGGUGCUGGUACUCUCGAUGAUAGACUGCCGCGGAGAGGAGCUCACGGAUCUUAUCCUCUACCAUAGACGGACGAUUCAUGAAAUCAGACUAAACAACAUCAACCUCACGGAUGGACCGAAAUCUUGGCCGUCGCUCGUCAAUGAUAUCCGCGACCAUCUUAGUAUAAGCUACUUCUCCAUGGACAGUUGUACGGCGGGAUAUACAGAUAUGCAUGAAGAACGAGUAGAGGCAAGGAGCACACAGGGCCUGACAGCUAUCAUAGACAUAUUAUCGACUAAGGCGAAUCAAUAA